AGGCCGAAGCUCGAGAGUCGUCCAGUCGUUUUCGGCACGAAGCAGUCCCUUGGAAACCACCCUGAAGCCUAUCGUCGCUUCAUCACUCCGUUGAUAUUCUACCCUUGAAGCCUGUGUUCGCUCGGAAACGAAACCAACCCCUAUUCGCGAUAGCACGUCGAGCAACGUGAUCGUGAGGAAAAUCGGUGAAAAAAGACAUAAUUAGGGACUGUUGAGGCGAGGGACACAAGCAGAGACAUGGACAAUGUGCAAAUGAUCGGCACUAAAAUCACAGCAAUCAAGGAAUACUUAUAUAAUUUCGCACGAACGCACUCACCUACCAGACUAAUGAGUUCCGAAAACACCUACGCGCUCUCCAAGGAGCAUUGCAACUUGAAGUACUCGGAUAUCCUGCCACAGAAUGCAGAAGGAUAUCCGGCGACCAGAGAAUUUUUGAUGAAAGUGAUGGAUAUCCUGUUAGAUUUCAUCAAAUCAACGAAUGACAGAAAUGCUAAGGUUCUUGAUUUUCAUCAUCCCGCUGACAUGAUGCGCAUACUCGACUUGGAAAUUCCUGACACUGGACUAACUCUUCAACAACUUCUGCUGGAUUGUUCAAUGACAUUGAAGUACCAAGUAAAAACCGGACAUCCGCAUUUCUUUAAUCAACUGUCAUGCGGCCUCGAUUUAGUGUCCAUGGCUGGCGAAUGGUUAACUGCGACAGCCAACACAAACAUGUUUACCUACGAGAUCGCUCCCGUAUUUAUUCUGAUGGAAAAUAUCGUUCUACAAAAAAUGCGCGAACUCAUAGGCUGGAACUGCGGCGAUUCCAUCCUCGCUCCAGGAGGAUCUAUCAGCAAUCUUUACGCUUUUCUCGCGGCCAGGCAUAGGAUGUUUCCGUCGUACAAAGAGAAAGGACUCUCCGCCAUUGGAGGGCAGUUGGUUAUGUUUACGUCCGAUCAGUGCCAUUAUUCUGUGAAAUCGUGCGCUUCCGUUUGUGGUCUUGGAACGGAUAACUGCGUCAUGGUGCCUAGCGACGAGCGCGGUCGCAUAAUUCCGUCGAAGUUGGAAGAAUUGAUUCUAGAACGCAAGGCUAAAGGUCACAUACCUUUCUUCGUGAACGCCACUGCGGGAACGACUGUUAUUGGUGCGUUUGACUCCAUUCCGGAAAUUGCUGAUAUUUGCCAAAAGUACAGACUCUGGCUGCACAUCGACGCGGCUUGGGGUGGUGGACUGCUUCUGUCGAGAAAGUACAGACAUCCGAGACUGACUGGCAUCGAACGGGCUGAUUCAGUAACAUGGAAUCCUCAUAAACUUAUGGGUGCUCUGCUUCAAUGUUCUACUAUUCACUUUAAGGAAGAUGGACUGCUGAUCAGCUGUAACCAAAUGUCCGCGGAAUACCUGUUCAUGACGGACAAGUUGUACGACGUGAGGUACGACACCGGCGAUAAGGUCAUUCAAUGCGGACGUCACAACGACAUUUUCAAGCUUUGGCUGCAAUGGCGCGCCAAGGGUACUGAGGGUUUCGAGAAGCAUAUGGAUCGAUUGAUGGAACUUACAGAGUAUAUGGUUAAAAGGAUCAAGCAAAUGCCCGACAAGUAUUAUUUGAUUCUCGAGCCUGAACUGGUGAACGUUUGCUUCUGGUAUUUGCCCACGCGCGUGCGAAACAUGCCCCAUACUGCGGAGAGAAUAAAAAUCUUAGGCGAGAUUUGCCCGAUUCUGAAGGGUCGCAUGAUGCAAGCUGGUACACUGAUGGUCGGCUAUCAGCCGGACGAUCGACGUCCGAAUUUCUUCAGGAAUAUCAUCUCCAGUGCCGCCGUGACAGAAGCCGAUGUCGAUUUUCUCUUGGCUGAGAUGGAUCGAUUGGGUCAUGACUUGUAAGAAAUCUGUCCACAUUAAUCGUACAAUAUUGCAGUAAUUAGACGACUGAUACACACAUACAUACACCGUUGGCAAAAUUGCAUCCGUCGUCAUGUGAUCCACUUGAGUACAUUUUUCGCGACGUGUUCUAUAAAAGAAAUAUGUACUAUAACAAAAAUUCAAAGCUUCAUUUAAAAAAAAUCUAAAACUUAAUCCACAAUAGCCGUUAAAACUAAUAUGAUAGAGAAACAAUUUAAUUCGACAUGUGAAUCUUCAUCGGUAAAACGAAACGAAGGAAAUGAUUGCAAUGAAGGAUAUUUGAAUGAUUCUAAUGAGAGGCAUUUGUGUGUGAACGCUUCUUUAUCUUGCGGCCAGAGUUCGUAAUAGCAGCCUAAACGUUAAAAGAUAUUAAAAAAGAUAUAGUACAUAAGUUUUCUAGAUUUUAACGAAAAUACACGGCAUAUCCAAAGAAACGAAAGGUCAAGUUACAAAGUUAAAAAUGCUUCCGGCCGUAAGCUAUGCAAACUUGUUAUUUUUUGCAGCUCGAUGCAUAGAGUAAUAUAUCCGCGCGAGAUGAUAAAAAAACUGUCAGUAAUCUCUCGUAAAUCGAAGCAAUAAUAGUGUACAUCCGGCUUUUAAAUAAAUUGUUUUUCUUGUGACAAUUAUCUUGUGAUAAUUAUAAAAGAAGAAUUAGU